AGCCAACUCUUAAGCAAGCAAGCAAGCAGUUUUACAGUUUGAUGGCUUAGACUGGUUUUGCCUGUUGCAAAGCAUGUCAGAACAACUAAAGAAGAUUAAGACAGCUAAUUAAAACGUGAGAGAAACUGCAACUGGAAAUAAACUAAGCAGAAAAUAUAAAUUCUGUUUGUAUUCCUACUUUGGGAUUUCUACAACUAAUCAGAAAAGAUGCCUGAAGGAGAAAUCAUAGAUUUUCUAGCUAUUUCACUAGCCAGGACUUCUGGUACCAUGCUGCUUGCUGUGUAUAACUACAAUUCACCAAGAGCACUUGUAUCGAGAUCAGCACUGGGAACACUACUUAUUAUACUAUGUAUGGUCUUCGCACAAAUAGGAAUUCUGAAACAAUUCAGUCCUGAUCCUCUGGUUCUAACAUUAUGCAUGACUGUGUCAGCACUGUGGAGCAAUUCUGGCAUUUUACAACUCUUAGUAGAUAACAGGAUUGUUUCAGCUUCAGAGUUUUGUGAAGCAAUAUUUCCUGGCUUGCUUGCCAUUUCCUGUGCCUUUCUCAUAAUAGGAUGUGUUGGGACACUUCAGAAAAAAGGGCCCCUAUCCCUUAUGGCCUUUGCAUUAGGUCUUGCUAACAUCCAUGUGCUGGCCAUGUGCCAUGAUGCCACACUUGGUCCUUCAGGUAUUGGGUGUAACUUUAUGAUUGUUACAACUAUCAGUCUGUAUCUUGUGGCAUUGAGAUUUUGGAAUAUCUUUAAAAGAAAAACUGUCCAGCAGGUUGAGAAUUGUGUCCAUUCGAAAAACUAUUUAUCAAGAAAUCAUCUUAUUGUGACAGGAGUUAUGGCUAAUAUGGUGUCAUCAGGUGUAGGCUGUGGAAAGCUUGUUGGAAUGACUAGUAAUCUGUUCCUAGGCCAAGCCCAUUGGAUGUUCACAUCAGCAAUGUACCAACUCAUAGUCUCUGUUGCCUCAUUUUGUGCAUCAGACAUAUUAAAUGCAGCAUUCUUCAGCUUUCUGUCCAUCCUAAAAUUUGCAGAGGGAUAUUCAUUUUUAAAUCAGCCAAACCUAUUAAAUGACCGAUUGCUUCCUCUCCCAUUCAUGGUUGCGUUUGCAGUCCUUUUUGGAAUUUUGGCUUGCAUAAUGUCUGUGAAAAAUGUAUACUUUGGCCUAUAUGCAUUACUCUUUGCUGCUUACUGUGCUUCUCUAACCCUUCCAAGUGGAAUUAACCAUACUGCACCACAAGUGAUUAAUUUAAUUAUCUUUAUAGCUUCAGCAGUCUACAUGUUUCUAAGACUUUAUUUAUCAAAGGCAGAAUUCAAAACUUCCCAAAGACAUGGUCUAAUGGAAAUAAUGAAUUCCUGCCUUCAGUUUCUUAAGAUAAAGCGAAGAAAAUUCCUCUUCUGUUUGUAUCCUGACUCCUUUAGAUUUAAAGAGGUGGAAGCUAUUGGCCAUGCAUUUAACACUCUUGCAGUCUUUUCUAUCAUAUAUAUAACAGAAGCUAGCUUCAUUUUGGUCAUUGUGGUUGGAAUUAUGGUUGUCAUAGCUGGCUUACUAUCGGCGUCUGCUGGUAAAACCCUUGAGAGUAGUGCCUUGAUCUUUUAUGGAAUUUGGUGGAUAACCUUUGGAAUUGUGAGAAUUUUGUGUUUAAAUGUGUCAGUGAAGGAGUUUUAUGUAGCACUGGGGAUAAUAUGCUUUCUUGUAUUACAUGGCUUUAUCACCAUAUGUAUGAUCAUGCUAAACAAAGUUUGGUUCAUAAAUUCCUUAACUUUUGAGAUUUUGCUCAUAAUGAUUCUAUUGCAAUCUCUUGCUAUUCUAAGUUGGGAAUACACUGUUGCUUUCGGUGUACUCUUUGGUGUUAUAAGCUUCUACUGCUUUCUGGCGUCCAUGCUUAAUGGGACUGUGGAGACACCUCAUCUUCCUUGGGGUGAACCUUUCCUAAAGAAUCCACUAAUGAAGCACAUGCUGUACACCCUUCCUGCAAAGAAAAUCUCAUCAAUUCAGAAAAUAGUAGAAAUCAUGAGCAAAGGAGGUAUUUGUGUUAUUCCUGCAGAUGAGGGUUAUGUUAUUGCAUCUGCUUGCCAAUUCCCAGACUCUGUGCAGAAAAUCUCCAAAAUAGAUAUGGAAAAAACAAACAGUGAGAUGUCCAUUUUCAUUACAAAUUUAUCACAACUGCCGCCUACAAAAUAUUUACUCAGUGAAUUGAUGUGGGACUUCAUUCAAGGUCUAUGGCCAAACCCUGUCGGUUUUGUUUUACCUAAAAUGGGAGACUGGAUGGAUGAAUUUCAGCUUGCAUCCUUUUCUUCAGUGUCAGGUUCUCCAAAGAAGGUGAUUAUGUAUGUAUCCGACUGUGAUGUUACAAGUCAAAUAAUUGAUCAGGUUGGGCCUAUUGCCGUUCGACCAUUGCCAAAGGGAGUAAAUAUUCAUUCGGGUCAAUUGUUUCCAGAAAUGCUUAGUAAGGUUAAUGGAAUACUUCUUGAUGAGGACAAUAAUAAUGACAAUGAAUUUACGGUUGUGGAUUGUACAGAGAUUAAAAUGGGAGUAAUUGAUUUUAUUAAGGUUGGAACCGUACCUAAAACACAGGUAACAUAAGAAGUUAAGUCG